UCAGCACCUCGCGUCGUUGUAGCAGUGGGCGGGGAUUUCCCGACAUCGGGAAGACUUCGUGGAGUCCCACGGUCAAUGAUCGGAACUGCGCAGAGCUUGUGUACUGCGCAGACCUUGUGUACUGUGCACAGCUUGUGUACUGUACAGAGUGUACUGAGCAGAUCUUGUGUACUGUGCAGUGCUUUCCCAAUGUAGGGGAGGACAUGUUGAUGAGUAAAACACUUUUACUGACACCCUCAUCUGCAGGCCCCUCUGAGCCGUGCAUGGCCCACGCGGUGCCAGCGAGCGCACAUGGGCCGGAGUCGAUCGCCGGGAGGGACGCCGCCGGCCAGGACGGCGAGGGGGACGAGACGGCGGAGGCUGCGGCUGGAUUGAACCCGGCCAUCCUUGGCUCCUCAGCGCCCGACCCCAAGCACUUGUGCUGCCACUGCCGCCUGCUGCUGCGCACGCCGGUGCAGACGCAGUGCGGCCACCGCUACUGCCAGGCCUGCCUGGCUCAGCUGGUCCGGCAGAGGCACAUGACCUGCGCCAAAUGCACAGAUGAAAACGUGUUCGACCCCCACCUGUCCAUUCUCGACAACACGAAGGCCUUUCACGACAGGGCGGCUCAACGGGAGAUCGACUGCCUUUCCGCUCGCUGCGUUAACGAAGGCUGCCCCUGGACCGGAACCGUCAAGGAGUACUGGUCAGUGCACGAGGAGCACUGCGAGUUCUCCACCCUGCCCUGCCCCUUCCAGGACGUCGGCUGCACGGUCAAGGUCUCGCGUGGUGAGCUCUCCCGGCACGAGGAGGCGGCGGUGCCGCUUCACCUGCGGCUGCUGCUGGCGCCGCUCGUGUCCCUGCGCUCGGCGCUCCUCGUCCCCCCCGCGUCGGAGCGCUCCGUCCUCGAGAACGGGGCCGCCGGUGCCGGCGCCGGCGCCGUCCCCCGGCGAGUUGGCGCCGUCGAGUCGCGCGUGCGCAAGCUGGAGGAGCUCCUGGAACGGCUCGACGUCAACGGCGGCGACGGCGGCGGCAGCGGCAGCUGGAACAAGGCGGACUCCGGGAUAAACAGCGCCAGCUUGGCGUCAGUAUCGCCACGACGGGGGCAAGCCGGCGCCGCGAGGGGCGGUCGCAAGAAGGGAGCGGCGGCGGCGCCGCCGGCCGAGGGAGGGGCGGAGGAGGAGGGUGGUGCGGCGGUGGUGCUGGGGCGGCUGGCGCGCGUGGAGCGCAUGCUCACGGCGUUCGAGAACAUCGUCAAGGUGCUGGACCGCGAGACGGAGAGGGUGGCGGUGGCGCAGCGGGAGACGGAGCGCCAGCGGCGGGAGGAGCAGCAGCAGCUGCACGCGGCACAGGCCAAGAUGCGGGAGGUGGAGCGCCAGCUGGCGGCGAAGGAGGCGGCGCUGGCCGAGCUGCGGGGCCGCCUGCUCUCGCUCGAGGCGGCCACCUUCGACGGAGUCUUCCUGUGGAAGAUCUCCAGCUUCCGCCAGCGCAGUCGCGACGCCAGCGAAGGGCGCAACCUUGCCUUCUACUCGCCAGCGUUCUACACAAGCCAGCAUGGAUACAAGAUGUGCCUCCGGCUCUACCCAAAUGGGGACGGCGCCGGCCGUGGCAGCCACCUCUCGCUGUUCUUCGUCAUCAUGAAGGGGGAUCACGACGCCCUCUUGCCGUGGCCGUUCAAGUACAAGGUGACGAUGAUGCUGCUGGACCAAGACCGGCGGGAGCACGUGAUCGACGCCUUCCGCCCGGACGUGACGUCCUCCUCCUUCCAGCGCCCCACGGGCGACCUGAACGUGGCCAGCGGCUGCCCCCUCUUCUGCCCCCUGGCCCGGCUGCAGGGCCAGCAGCGGCAGGCCUACGUGCGCGACGACACCAUCUUCAUCCGCUGCAUCGUCGAGACCGACGGGGUCUGAGACGACGACUCGGGACGGCCGGUCGCGGGGGGGGGGCCUCCGUCGGCGGUGGCUGCCGGGCCGGGCCUUGCCGCGCACGCGGAGGCCCGCAGCUCCGGCCGCCCGACCCGCCGCCGUGGGGGGGAUGGAGAUUCGGCUGGCGGGCGGCUGGCCCUGGGGACGAGCGCCGGGACGAGUGUGCGUCCGCGUCGAGGCCGGGGAUCGCGCUUCCGACGGUGGUGGUUGUGGUGGUGGUGGUUGUGGUGGUUGUGGUGAUGGUUGUGGUGGUGGUGGUCAUGGUUGUGGUGGUGGUUAGGGUUUGGUGGAGUUGCGGCCGUGCGCCGAUUCAUAAAGGGAACGCUGUGACAGCCGGCGUUGCUAUUCCCUCGCCAAGAGGAGAGGAAUGAGAGGAAGUCCUCUUCCUCCGCUCCCCUUCCUCCCCGCGGCGAGAGGAGAGCAGCGCCUGUUGACUCGGCGUUCCCUUCACUGACUCGGGUGCGUGGCCGGUGAGGGUGGGAAGCGCCGCGUGUCGCCGUGCUCGCGUCUGUGCCACUUACACAAAGGAGCCUGUUCAGGCUGUACAGGGCUCUGUGCGGGGUGAGCGGUCGUGUCGUGGUGAGCACAGCGCGCAGAGUACCUGGGGCGCUGUGUAAACAUCGCCACUGGGGAGACAAAGGCGGCCGGGCGUGGUGUUGGCCACCCACCCCCUCGUGUGCCGUUCUGGCCUUCAUAGGAACUCGCUAACAGCACUUGCCCCAACAUUCUGUCGAAGGCUGUCCGGGGGAUCUUUGUCUUUGUGUGGGGUGAGCGGUAGUGUCGUGGUUAGCGCACUGCAAAUUCGAAGCAAGCUUUGACACGAGUUUGAUUCCCACUCACGGUCAACGCCAGUGACAGAUUCAUUAUCCGAACUGGUCCUGGGCCUGCCUUAGGCCUCAAAUGAGUACCUGGUGCGGUGUGUAAACAUCGCCACUAGGGAGACGAAGGUGGUGGGGCGUGGUGCUGGCCACCCACCGCUUCGUGUGCUGCUACUCACGAACAGCACUUGCCCCAACAGCCUGUUAAGGCGAUAGGGGGGGGGGGGGUGGUGGUGGUAGGGGGGGAUGGAGGGGGGGGGCGCCGAUGGGGUGAAAGUUCCUGCACCGCCGUGCUCCACUCACCACCGGUGAUUAGACUCCUCGGCAGCUGUCGGCGAGUUCCUUGCACAGACACUGAAACAUCUCGCGGUGGCCAGGAGAUGUUCACUACCUCGCCUGCUAUACAGGAGGUCGUCGGCUGCAUCCUGAGCCUGACCCUCGCUGUAUAUUUGUUUUCACUUUCUCCCCGCGGCCGUGUGGAUCUUUCUCCGGGUGCUCUGCUUUUUCCCCAACACCAACAUUUAGAAUGAACGUCACGUGUUGAGAGUGUGUGGCUGCUGCUAUGAAUGUCCACACGACGAUGACGACGAUGACGAUGAGCCACUUGGUUGAGCCGUCACUCGUGAUGACCAGGUCGCUUCUGUCCUUGCCGUCGGGCGGGGAACGUCGAGCGGGGCCACCUCUCCCACCCGUGGCAGGACCCUCUUUGAAGGGGGCCUUGAGGCUGUCGCUCUCCCGUGUCUACAUCAUCGAUGCCGAUGUCGAGCCCGGAGGAGCCACCCAGACGGACCACUGCGGGCAAGUGGAGCAUUGAUCGAUCGGUCAGUCGACGCUCAUUUUGAGUACCGAUAUCGCCACCUCGGUAAAGCGGCCGUCGGUGCGCUUGACGGCACGACGGGAACGGCUCCGUACAGAAGGAAUGGUACGGGGCGGGCGCGGAACAACAACAACAACAAUGGCAACAACAUCGGAAAUGGCAACAACGGCAACAACAACGUCGGCCAUCAUCGCGAUCCAUGGGCAGCAGCUCUCUCGACCUCAGCGGCGACCACCAGCCGAGCGGGGUGCCCGUGGCGAGUCGGGGAUGACCAAAACAACAAAUAAAUAACAAGUCGGGAGAGGAGCAGGUUUUUAUUAUUUGACGUCUGUCAAGGCCGAGUUGGGUGCCUCUUGCACAGACGACAGUGCAAGAGACGCACCUCAAGGCGCGUUUCGACCACCGGUCCAAGAUUGCAAACAGCUGAUUUAGAAUCGCGUUGUGUGUUUCGCUGUCCUCCCCCAGUACACGUGCACACACGUGUUCACACAUACACACGUGUGUAUACACCUACACGUGUGUAUGUGUGUACACGUAAACACACGUGUGUGUGUGUGCACACCUACACACACACGUGUGUGUACACACCUACACGCGUGUGCACAUCUACACGCGUGUGCACACCUACAUGUGUGUAUGCGCAUACACACGUGUGUGUACACACCUACAAAGACAGAGAUCCCCUGUAUAGCCUUAACAGACUGUAGGGGCAAGUGCUGUUAGCGAGCACCUAUGAAGGCCAGAACGGUACACGAGGGGGUGGGUGGCCAGCACCACGCCCGACCGCCUUUGUCUCCCUAGUGGCAAUGUUUACACACCGCACCAGGUACUCAUUUGAGGCUGAGUCGACCUAGGGAAGGCCCAGGACCGGUUCAGAUAAUUGUCACUGAUGUUGGCAGUGAGUGGGAAUCGAACCCGUGUCGCCGGGUUCAUAGCGCAGCGUGCUAACCGCUACACUAUCGCUCCACACCUACACACACGUACACACAUACACACGUGUGUGUACACACCUACACACACGUACACACACACGUGUGUACGUGUGUGCAGGCGGGGGGGGGGCACCCAACGCCGCCUCUCCGCCACGCCACAAGUUCCAGGAGCCUGGCUGGGUUCGAGCCCCUCUUUCUGUGCUGAUGUUUGUGCAUUCUUCAACUAAACUAUUUCAAACAUUUUUUUAAAUGUUCCCAGGUAAGGAACCCACUGAGCUGCUAUGGAAGUCUUUCAGAAGCGGUCUGGUGAUCGCAGAUUGUAGCUCAACGAAGUGGCUCAUCACCAUGUGGGAAUUUAUAGCAGUCGGCAACGACUCUAGACACGUGAUGUUCACUCUGAACGUGGAGGGCCUGGAGACAAAUCCACAACCCGGGGAGAGAGACACGCAAACUCCAAAUAUACAGCAGCAGCAGGGGUCGUCAGGGUCUGCAUCGAACCCACGAUCUCCUGUACACCAGGCGAGGUAGUAAACAUCUCAUAGCCACCGUGAUGAUAGAGAGACGCAAACUCCAAAUAUACAGCAGCAGCAGGCGUCAGGGUUGGGAUCGAACCCACGACCUCCUGCCUACCAGGCGAGGUAGUCAACAUCUGGCCACUGUGGGGUUCGCGUGUUCUCUCCGUGUCCCGUAGCUGAACACAAAAACGAAAACGCCACGCGCCUUCUCACAGCUGUCGGACCAAACACCCCCCCCCCCCUCCAGCUGAGAGAUUACUCCGCAAAAUGAUUCAUUUGGGAUCGCCAAUAGCAAUCAUCACUGUACGCCUACAGCGAACAGUUGGGGCAGGAGUCUCUUUACAAGGGGUCUUGAGGCUCACGCGUUCACAAGUAAAUUAUUGUUUUGUGCCUUUGCUAAAGGAUAUGCAUACUUAUUCGGGGAAUUUAGUCGAACGAAAUGCGUGACGUGUAUGUGGUGUCUUAAUUGAAAGGCAUUGGGAGGUUGCUUUUGGUGUUGCAGACUUGCACACAGACUCGUAGAGUUACACAGAGAACGACUCUUUUGGAGAACCACACAACCAUAGUCUCACACAGAGACCCACGCAGAGACCCACAGGCCCACACACAGGCCCGCAUAUCCACACAGGCCCAGAGACCCACAGACACGCAGAGGCCCACGCAGAGACCCACAAACGCACACAGAGGCCCACGCAGAGACCCACAGGCCCACACAGAGGCCCAGAAACCCACAGAUGCACGCAGAGGACCACAGACCCACACAGAGGCCCACAGACCCACACAGAGACCCACAGACCCACACAGAGAGCCACAGACCCACACAGAGACCCACAGACCCACACAAAAGCCCACAGACCCACACAGAGACCCACAGACCCACACAAAAGCCCACAGACCCACACACCCAUACAGAGUCCAACAUCCACACAGGCCCAGAGACCCACAGACACACGCAAAGGCCCACACAGAGAACCACAUGCACGCAGAGAACCACAGACGCACACAGAGACCCACAGACGCACACAGAGGCCCACAUCCACACAGGCCCAGAGACCCACAAACACGCAGAGACCCACACAGAGAACCACAGAUGCACGCAGAGAACCACAGACUCACACAGAGACCCACAGACUCACACAGAGACCCACAGACUCACACAGAGACCCAUAGACUCACACAGAGACCCACAGACCCACACAGAGACCCACAGACCCAUACAGAGAAACACAGAUGCACACAGAGACCCACAGACCCACACAGAGACCCACAGACGCACACAGAGACCCACAGACUCACACAGAGACCCACAGACCCACACAGAGACCCACAGACCCACGCAUGUAUGUUGAACUUAUUUCGCACCGGACAAAAAUAAUCCAAUCUGAAAUAUUGGACGAUGACACGCGCGCGUGUGUGUGUGUGAGAAAGAGAGGACUGAUCUUUUAUUUUGUCUUUGUAGAUGUAUUUAUAUUGUACACAUGUAUAAAGUACGAAUAAAAUGGGUUAAGGUGAA